AUGUGGUGGAAUGGGCCCUCCUUUUUGCCGCAUUCUAGCCAAUGGCCUUUAGCUCCAAAUAAUGGUAUUACAAAUUUACCAGAAACAAAACUUUCUAUAAAUUUAACCUUGGGAGCACAGAUAUGCAAUGAUUUUGACAUAAUAUCUAAAUACUCUAAUUACAAAACUUUAUUGCAUGUGACUGCGUAUUUAUUUAGGUUUGCAUCGAAUUGCAAAAAGUCAGUAAAACUCAGAAAUUUAGGUGAACUAACUUUGGAAGAAAUUAAUAUCGGUAAAUUUACUUUGAUAAAAUCAGUACAGUACAAGAAUUUUAAACCAGAAAUAGACAAACUCAAAUCAGGAAAACAGAUUUCACAUAAAAGCAAAUUGCUUCCUCUUUCACCAUUCUUAGAUUCCGAAAACAUAUUGAGAGUUGGUGGCAGGCUGAACAACUCUGAUCUAUUUUAUAACCAAAGGCAUCAAAUUAUCUUACCUUGUAAGGAUUAUUUCACAGAAUUAAUUGUUAAUCAUGAGCACAAAAGGCUUUUUCACGCUGGUACUCAAACAGUACUAGCUACCAUUCGAAAUGAGUUUUGGCCUCUUUCUGGUCGCCAAGCUAUCCGCAGAGUUUUACGAAAAUGUGUAAAAUGUUUUCGAGUACAGCCUACUGGACUACUUCAAAAAAUGGGUGAACUACCUUCAUCAAGGGUUAACCCAUCAAAGCCAUUUCAUACGGUAGGUAUUGACUAUGCUGGCCCAUAUUUAAUAAAGGACAGCAAGCUGCGUAACAAGAAAUACAUUAAGUCUUAUAUAUGUUUGUUUAUAUGUUUUUCUUCCAAGGCCACUCACUUAGAACUAGUUAGUGAUCUUACCGCUGAUGGCUUCCUUAAUGCAUUCAAAAGAUUUAUUUCUCGUCGUGGUUUAUGUAGACACAUUUAUUCAGAUAAUGCAAGUACCUUUGUAAAGGCUAAUAUCUAUUUAUUAAAGUAUUUUAAAUUAAGCCAAUCUCUAGUUGUUCAAGAGUUUAUAACCGAUAACUUGAUUACUUGGCAUUUCAAUCCUCCUUACUCUCCUCAUAUGGGAGGAUUGUGGGAACGUGCAGUUCGCUCUACUAAACACCAUUUGAAACGUGUACUUAACAACACUUACCUUACUUAUGAAGAAUGUUAUACUCUUCUAUCUCAAAUUGAGGGCAUCCUAAAUUCUCGUCCUCUCCUUCCUCUUACCGAAGAUCCUGAUGAUCUACAGCCUUUGACUCCAGCACACUUCUUAAUCGGUACUGCGAUUCAAACAAUUCCAGAGCCAGCUGUUCCUGCUGACCAUAAAAUUCAGUUAUCUCGAUACAAGCACAUUACUAUGAUGAUACAGCACUUUUGGACUAGGUGGUCCAAGGACUACUUGAACUUACUCCAGCAGCGACCCAAAUGGCGAGGUACUCAAAUUGACUCUAUCCAAGUGGGAUCUAUGGUGCUCUUAAAGGAAGAUGAUACCCCUCCAAUGAGUUGGAAAUUGGGACGCUUAGUAAAGACUCAUCCAUGCAGUGAUGGACUUGUUAGAGUAGUGACAGUAAAGACUUACAGUGGUAUCACUAAACGUGCCAUAAAUAAGAUAUGUGUUUUACCUAUAGACGAUUAA